GGACCGCUAGUCGAGGCAGCCCCGCGUUACUUUAUCCCAGGUAGACGGGUACACUACAGGAGUAUUGAAACCUCGGGACUCUGGUAAUACCAGCACUCGUAUUGUCCAUGUGAGGAUUACGUGUGUAUGCAUCUAAACCACGCAGAAUGCAAUAGAAGAUCCAGUGAAAUUAACAAGAAAACUGGAUUAUACAUCAGUGCUAUGAGCAAUGGCUCGACGCCGAUGGUGGCACCGCGGGGUCCUCUUACUAUGCCUACAAGCCAUGGUCGCAUCAGCACUGGACAUGUGGUGGAAUCUUGGCGUCCGGCCUUUCGACACGUGGAGGAACCCCCAGUUGUACAUUCUAGGGGCCACCCCGAUGUGCACCCAGUUGAAGGGCCUUUCCGCAGGGCAAACUAAGUUCUGUCAGUUGUAUCACGACCACAUGCCCAGCAUAGGCAGAGGGGCCAAGCUGGGGAUUGGAGAGUGUCAAUAUCAGUUCCGGUUCAGAAGAUGGAAUUGUAGUACAGUGGAUGAUACUUCGGUAUUCGGUCCUGUUGUUGCCAUUGCCAGCAGAGAAGCGGCAUUUACGCACGCAAUAUCCGCUGCCGGUGUCGUCCACGCUGUCAGCAGGUCGUGCAGGGAGGGGGAACUGGCAAGUUGUGGUUGUAGCCGGGCCAGGAGGCCAAAAGACUUGAAUCGAGAUUGGAUUUGGGGUGGCUGUGGAGACAAUAUAGAAUAUGGCUAUAGAUUCGCUAAAGCCUUCGUUGAUGUGCGCGAGAAGGAGAAGAAUCAUCCUCGGCAUUCUAGGGACCUAGCCCGGAUGAUAAUGAAUUUGCAUAAUAAUGAGGCGGGGAGAAAGUCUGUGUACAACUACGCCAAGGUGGCGUGCAAGUGCCAUGGCGUGUCCGGCUCCUGUAGCUUGAAGACCUGUUGGCAACAGCUGCCGUCUUUCAGAGAAGUGGGGGACCGUCUCAAAGAUAGAUACGAUGGUGCAACAGAGGUCAAGUUCAACAAAAGGGGAACAAAAUUAGUGCGCAAAAAUAAACGGUAUAACCGCCCCUCGAGGGAAGACGUGAUAUAUUUGGACGAGUCGCCCGACUAUUGUAAGUCGGAUCCUGAAACGGGAUCCUUCGGAACCAUUGGCCGGGAAUGCAACAGAAACUCAGAAGGCAUGGAUGGUUGUAACCUGCUGUGUUGCGGACGCGGCUACAACACAUUCAAACGAAAACUUGUUGAGCGUUGCCAUUGUAAAUUUUACUGGUGUUGUUAUGUGCGCUGUAAAACAUGUGAGCGGAUAGUAGAUGUCCACACGUGCAAAUAAUGACGUCAUCGGGACGUGAGGAUGACGUCAUUGACUCUACUGAAUGAUCUCCCCACAGAAAGUGCGUCCGCCCAUAUUGCCCGGGUGACGGAGAAGAAAACAUGCGAGAGAAUUUACCAAUCAGAAAAUGAGGAUAUUGUACAUCUUCCAAAAGGACCACCAUCUGAGCAAGGAUUACAUGUAUGGAUAUAACGUUCUGUCGAUGGGGACUUGCAUUUCUCAGACGAGGCACAGCGUGUUUGUGUUACUUAUGAGCUGCGGAGAACCCAAAGUUGCCAUGGUAACAGAACUACUUUCUCUACGAGGAAGCUAUAUACGGUAACUUUGGCAGUGAUGUGACAAUCACGGUGAUGUAAGGAUUAAAGGGCAGGUGACAAGUGGCAUUCACACAGCCAGGAGACGCUCUUCACCAUUAUCCGCUGUUAUAUUGGAAACAACGACACUCAAGUAGAUGCCACACAACAACAGUUCACGAUGACGAUGGUCACUGUUGACAAGUAAUUUAUGUAACAGUUCCUCAACUAGUGCUGAUUAAUUUCGAUUUGGUAGUUCUUCCACACUGCAAAGUGAAGUCACCGUAAAUUUGAGCUGAAUUUGUACAUAGAGACCUUCACAUCCGGGUUCCUGGCAUUUAGGAACAUUACUGCCACGCUGUAGAAUAUUAUCAACUUAUUUCAAAUUAAUGCGAGAAGUGUUUGUUUGUAUAUAGUUAAGACAGUAAUCAGUAAGUACGAGAUAUUUAUUUACCUUGUAAUAUAUUUGUAGAGCAAAAUACAGUGAACAGUUUACGUCAUGACAGAAGCACGUGCAGAUACCUACCGGAGACCAUGGACAGGGUUAAUCCAGGCUUAAUUCCGGUAAACCGGUUUAAUCUGGCUUGUCUCUAGCCGUACGUUAUAAUUGCAUUUAGUUUAUGUUUCUCUCAGGUAGAAAUCUCUUGUAAUACAGUGUUCACGGAUCCAUGAGACACAUAGAGUGAAUAACGAAACAUUGCGACUGGUCUACAUACAUUUGCGCAAACCAUUCACGAGAACACAAACAGGUAGUGACGCGCUUUCUAUGUCAAUUGAGUGUACAUAUUACUAGCAAGGAUUGUUGUCUCGAUCCGUGAAUUCAGCUGCCACUAGCAAUGUCCAAUGGUAACUGUGCGAUCUGUCUUGUUAUAUGGUUCCGUACUUGUAAAUAAUUUUGGUUAUAUUUAUGACCCAUUUAUCAUUUGAAUGUAACGUCAUGGCACCAUAUAUUCAUCCAACGUUAAUAUUGUACUUACCGUUAGUCGUAUCGCCUGACAACGGACACAGACUGAAGUUUCAGUAUCAAUUUGAAAUAUUUAUUUGAUAAUUUUUUCUUGCUCUGGAUAUGAUUGAUAUCUCUACCACAUAACAUGCAUAUUUAGAAUCAAACAAAUGCAUUUUUGCAAACAUUUAAUUUGUUCUGAGUGUCGCCUAUGCGCUGGGAUGACAAGUUAGUCGUCAGCGUUUCCCAUCUUCUGUCCAGUUGGAACUCACGGAAGCAGUGUUAUGCCUGAUGUUUGUUCGGAUAUGAUAUUAUCUAUGUGUUCAUCAUCAUCAGCAUUACGUCCUGUCUUAGAAUCAUCUCUGUUUGUGUUGUUUAUUACUGUUGCUAUGGUGAUCAAAUGGCUGUACUAUUUGGUCAUGUGACGUAUACUAUAUACAUGUAAGACUUGGUGUAUAGAGAAUUUGUACAAUACUACCGAGGGAUAGCACUUCCGAACGAGAACAGGUCACGUGACCCUUAUCUCCCUCAUUGGAUUAGGCUGAAGUUUUCGUCACAGCUAAACCGAAUAUUUGUUGUUGAAAAAGAGAUCUAUUUUCGCAUUUUAGCAUUUCUUUCUUAUUGAGUCUUAUUGAGGCUGUUAAUAUUUCUUUUAACGAUAUUCACGUGUACACCCUGAAGGUAAUGACACGUGUAGACUGUAAUAUGUAUUCUGGGCAUAAGACCAAGCAUAAUACUACAUACAAUAGAUAUAUUUCUUGAAAUGUUAUCAUUUUUUUACUAUAUACCAUGUUGAUUUUUUAGCAUAAAUGUGAUUGCUAAUUUCGGUUAUCAUAAUACUGUAUUCAGUCAUUUUAUUUAUUUUUAGACUACGAAACCUCAGCUGCACCCGGCAAGGUGUUGUCUGAAUAAACCAGGGUAUGUAAGUCAUUCAGAUGUAAAUAAAAUAUUAGAACACAA